AUGGACUAUUACCUGGUGGAACAUGUCGUCUAUCAGUACCUGUUACCAGCGGUAUGUAUCCCAGGAGUAUGUGCAGCAGCAUUAUCGGCUGUGAUUUUCGCUCGCAUGCGUCAAACUUCGUUGGAAGUUUUGUUAUGUGGUCUUUCCAUAUUUGAUGUUUUAUUGUUAACAUGUACAUUACUCAUUUACCCAGCUAUCCAUUCUUGUGGCCAACAAGAGAAUCAAAUGAAUAGCCUUGUUUGCCAUUUUUUCUGGAAAUCUGCUUUAUUAACAUUUCCCAUCUCAGUUAUAGCUCAGACAGGUUCUGUUUGGACUUGUGUCGCUGUGACAUUAGAUCGUUUUAUAGCAGUCUCAUACCCUAUUCGUAAAAGAGUUUUAUGCACUCCCAACACGUCGUUAGCCGUCCUAUUGGGUGUUACCUUUUUUAGCGUCAUAUUUAAAAUCCCCGCUUUUCUGGAAAUUCAAUUGAAUGAAGCUGGUGUGCUGGUAGAUACAGAUCUCAGAAAAAACCAAUUAUAUCAAAAAAUAUAUAUGACAUACCUAUAUACGGCAAUAAUUGUUGUUGUUCCAUGGACAAUUAUUAUUGUUUUAAACGUUAUUGUGAUACGAAAGGUUCGAAUUGCCUAUCAAAUUCAAGCCAAUAUGACUUUGUGUCGACCAAAUAAUAGUCGUUGUCGUCGCGAAGAAGGUGAACGGAAAGUUACUGUAAUGGCCACCGUAAUGACUGGAAUCUUUAUUUUAUGCAAUAUUCCCCCUACACUUUGUAAUUCUGUAGAGUCGUUUCUACCUGAUUUGAAGCAAAACUUCCGUCCAAUCAUUCCUUUAUCAAAUUUAUUAGUCUGUGUGAACAGUGCUUCUAAUAUGCUCAUAUACUGUGUGUUCAACCAGAAGUUCAGAAGAGCUGUAAUCAAAAUUUUCAGAAAAAAUAAAGGCUUAGAUAAAGGAAGAUUACCAUCACGACGGGAAGAGUCGAAGACGAUGAUGAGAGAGUCUAGUACAACUGCCAUUCUGGUAAAUGAUAAGCUGAUUACAAGAACGACCAUGAACAGCUUCUAA